GAGCUGGUACAUCAGGGCGAGGCCAUAGAGUACUCGUCCCAGAACCGCAGGUUGCAAUGCUCUUCACGGGUCAGAGCAGAUUGAGGCCAGGCUUGGGCAGAGAGCUCUAUGCUGCCAAUACAGCCUUCCGAGCGGCGCUGGAUCGCUGUGCGACACUGUGCUCAGAUCUGAAUGAAGGGCUUCUGGACAUCCUGUUCGGAGACACGACCUCUGCAGAGACUUGUCGAACCUCCUUCACGGCUACGUUUUGCAUACAGUAUGCGCUAGUUGAAGCCUGGCGAUCAUGGGGCGUGCACCCGUACGCAGUUCUGGGACAUAGCUUGGGUGAAUACGCGGCAGCAGUGGCCGCCGGCGUUUUGUCCUUGGAAGAUGGGAUUCGUGUCGUCAUGGCACGUGGGCGGCUGCUUGAUGAAAUGCCGAGAGGGCCGGCUGAGUCUUUUCAUUUCGCUGAUGGAAGAAGCGUUGGCUCGAAGGUUGUCUCUGGCCGUGCCGGCCUCGUGGAGGAUUUGUGCAGUCUCUUUCCCAGCAGAAGCCGGCAGCUCCCAUCACCUCUUUGCGCAGUUCAGUGCUCAAGCGCAGAUGUGAUCGGUGCCCUUGAGAUGCAGGAGUUUCUGGCAGGUCCAAUAUGGCGGCAGGCUCCCACUUCAGUGGGAGAGGCGCACCUCUCCCUGCCAGCGGGUGCAGUGCGAUCAUCACCGCGAACCCUUCAACACCGAGCACAGCCCUCAUCCUGGACAUCUUUGUGUCAAGCGACACUGAGCUUUGCGGGUGUUGGGGCCAUUCAAGCCAUUCAGCGGCGCCGUAUGUGGACGACACGGCGUGCCGACAAGGAGGAGUCUCAGGAUGUGACCACAGAUAGCUUGACCUUGGACACUCUCUCAGAUGACUCCGUGCGGCAGCUGCUGGAGGCAUGCGCAGCCAUGGACCAACCGGCAGCACUCCCGUUCCUAGAUCCACCGAGAUACCGGGAAUUCAUUGUCAAUGUGCCCGGCGACGCCGGGUUUGACCCGUUCUGUCUUGCGAAGGACUUGGCCACGUUUAAAUGGAUGCAAGAAGCCGAGCUCAAGCAUGCGCGAGUUGCCAUGCUGGCCACUGUGCUGUGGCCGCUCUCGGAGCUCUGGGCUCUCAAGCUGCCCCUUCCUCUUUCAGGCGCAGCAGAUGCUCCCAUGAGCUUAGUCCUCGGCACCAUCUCGCUGGCCGUGGCGAUCAUGGAGCUCUCCAAAGCGCCUGAGAGCCCUCCCGGCUUCUACGGCUUCGAUCCCUUGAACUUGAAGGACCGUAGACGAUGGACAGCAGAAGCAGAGCUGAAGAACGGACGGUUGGCAAUGCUCGCUGCCGUCGCUUUUGGCUUCAUUGAGGUUGCUGCCGUUGGGGCAGAGCUGCAUUGGCCAGGCAGUUUUGAAAGGGCCACGCAACAGCCGCUGCAAGAGCUGCAUUGCCCCAGUCCGCAGCCAGACCGAUGCGAGACGGAAAGCAUGCUGUCGGCAUUGCGAUCUUUGAAGGGAACGUUCUUCAAACCACCCGACCUGCAACUGCAGCGGGUACCGUGGGUGAGACCUUGCUUGCACCCACUGCUGGGCUCUGCACAGAUGGAGAAUGGCUCGGAGGUAUUCCGAUCCCGAAUAGCACUUUGGGACGACAAAGCCGCGACAGCUGCCCCGGUGAUCCGCUUAUUUCGCCAACAUCGCGUAUCUGGGCAAGCAGUGCUUCCCGCAGCUUCACAUUUGCUGCUGCUUUCGUCUGCCACGCUAGCCGCGCAGUAUCGAGGCAAUGUGGGGGCCUAUGCGCAAGAGAUGUUCGUGGAACUCAACGACACGGUGUUUGAAAGCGCCUUCGUGUUGCCAGCUUCGCCGGAAUCCUUUGCAGAAGUACAGAUCCUUCCUACAGGGGCCAAGUUGUCAAGCCGCAGCAGAGACGGCCACGCGUCACAUGCACAAUCCCGCAGCACGCGCGUGGUGGGAGGACCCGGAGCCCGUGGCAGCAUUCUUCAACACAGUUUGGUGGAAUGGAAGUCUAGAUGUCAAUCCCAACACUCUGCACUUGAUGCAUACAGGACUUUGGAGAAGCUUGGGCUCGAGUACGGCCCGAGCUUCCGUGCCAUCUCCUCUUGGUCAACGAGCGGUGACGGUUUGCGUGUGCUGGGGCGUUUAUCUUUGAACCUGGAGACUUGGGACCGCUCCCUGGAGUUGCACCCUGGCAUCCUGGAUGGUGCUAUCCAACUGCUACUCUUAGCUUCGAGCUCAGACUCCCAACAAUGCUUUCUGCCUUUCAGCAUUGACAGCUGCGUCAUAGCGACCACCUGGCCUUCGUCGGAUGUGUGGGUGACUGUAUUGGUUCGGACUAUCUCUGCUGAAGCGGUGUCUGGUGAUGUGGAGAUUUCCACGGACGAUGGUGUGCUCAUUGCACGGCUAUGCCGCCUGACCUGCAGAGCGCGUCGGCAGCCAGAGCCGCCAGAAUCGAAGCAGCAGCAGCCGCCGCAGCUUGAGCAUAUGUAUCGCGUUGCCUUCAUGGAGAUGGAAAGCCCUAGUCCUGACUUGCCAAAGAAGGAGAAUGCAGAGACUGCGAAUGCAAUCGUCUGGUGCUCCGGGCAGCGACAGGAUCAGCUCCUGGCCGCCUUGUCUUGGAAGGAAGACAUGUGUCAGUUUGCUCGUGACUCGACGAGGGCGCUAUCCCUGCUCGGCUCCGGAAAGUUUGGCUACAUCGCAUUCCUAGCGGAGGAUGGUCAAUUGGAAGCACUUUAUAGCGCACUGCAAGUACUGCAGAUUGCAUCGAAGUCGAAUACCAGCGUCGUCUUGGCUGCUCAAGCGGCUCAGCCACCCGAGCUCGACCAGAACAGUUUUGAUCCAACACAUGCAGGCCUCUGGGGCUUGGCUCGGUCAGCGCGACUGGAGAUGCCAGAACAGAGUGUCAUUUGCCUGGACUUGCCGGCAGAUGGAGCGGACAUCACCUUGAUGCCUGUGAGCAGCUGGAGAGAGCAGGAGCUCUGUCUUCGAGAGAAGACUGCCUAUGCUGCCAGGUUGGGGAAGAGCUCCUUCUUUCCGCGUUGGCCGCUGCAGCUGUCUCUGCCAAGCCGUGGCACCUUCGCUUCCCUGGUUCCCGUGCCACAGCAUUCAAAGUCGGGCUUCCGUGUAGCAGCAGUGGGCUUGAACUUCAGAGAUGUGUUGAACGUUCUGGACUUGUAUCCUGGCGACCCAGGCGAUCCUGGCCUGGACUGCAGCGGCAUUGCAUUUGAUGAUGGCCCUGAUGCAUUGGCCUUGCCUGGAACAAGGCUUUUCGGCAUCUCAUUUGGCUGCUUGCGAACCUUUGCGACUGUCAAGGAGCCGAGGCUGCUUGUGGAGCGUCCGGUCAGCUGGUCCCACGUGGAAGCGGCCGCCCUGCCAACCGUGUUUACCACCGUCGACCUGGCUCUCCGUGACCUCCAGGCUGGACAGCGCGUUCUCAUCCAUGCUGGGGCAGGCGGUGUUGGACUUACAGCUGUACAAUAUGCAUUGCGGCUUGGUGCCCUGGUUUACGCGACAGCCGGGAAGGAGGACAAGCGGAGCCUGCUUCGUCGAAUGGGUGUGACAUGUGUCGCAAGUUCGAGGGACGGCAGCAAGUUCGAGGAAGAACUGGCCAGAGCGCUUGCAAAGGAAAAUUCUGCAACGAUCGAUGUGGUCCUGAACAGUCUCAGUCACGACAACUUCAUCGGGCGAUCCCUAGCUUUUGUAGGAGCAGGAGGCACUUUUAUAGAGAUUGGCAAACGCGGCAUUUGGACGAAAGACGAAAUGGAAAAGGCUCGGCCAGAUGUUGAGUACAGAACUUUGGCCAUGGACACUGUUUGCGAAGAAGAUCCAGCAAAGUUCCAAGAGCUGAUGAAGCGGCUUUCAGCAAGGAUGAUGGAUGGAUCCUGGGAUCCGAUACCCUCCAGAGUUUUUGAUGGCUUGGAGUCCUGCUCUGAAGCUCUACAAACUCUUCGCAAAGCAGAUCACAUCGGGAAGAUCGUCGUCAAAGUACCAUCAAACUUGCAAGUCCGGGAGGGCGCAACAUACUUGAUCACAGGCGGGACUGGCGCUUUGGGUCUGGCGUUGAGCCGUGCGCUGCUGGAAGAGGGAGUAGACGAUUUGGUCCUCCUCUCGCGAAGUGGCACUGCGCGAUCGAUGCCAGUCUGGCUUGCACGUUCAGCUGUCCGAGUGUCCUUCUGGGCGUGCGACCUCAGCGCGGCCGACGCCCACCAGAUCCUGCUACAGAAGGAUGGAUGGAGCACCCUUGCCGGUGUGUUCCAUCUUUCAGGACUAAUACAGGAUGGCUUGCUGGCACGGCUCGACAGGCAAGACUUGGAGGCUACCUUCGGUCCAAAAGUUCGUGGGCUGCAUUUGCUCCAGAAAGUGCUGAUGGAGACAAAUCGAUGGCAGCACUUGGACUUCGUGCUCGCAUUCUCAUCUACUGCCGCAAUCCUUGGCUCGGCCGGACAGGCGAACUACGCAGCCGCCAACGCAUGCUUGGAUGCCAUGAUGCACAAGUGGCGUUUAGCUGGACAGAGGACAUUGAGCUUGCAGUGGGGAGCAUGGCUAAACUUGGGAAUGGCACAGCCCCACAGCUUGCGGCACCUGUGUCAAAAGGGAAUUCCUCUGGAUGUGGGCCUGUCUGCCAUGGCAUCGGCAAUGGCGUUUUUAAGUGUCGAAAGUGCGGUCAGUUUUGCCAACAUGGACUGGGAGACAUUUCUGAGACCGGUGCAAGCUCGCGAAUACUUCACUUUCGUGGAUUCUCGUCGCGAUGUGGGAAGUAUAGAUGAUGUUGCGCAGGAGGAUGCGAACCAGAAGAUGAGGGGCAUCCCCCCGCCCUACCAGAAUACAUUGGACUGGGUUCUGGCAGUUCUGGCCGGCUUGAUCGGCGAGAUUGGUCCUGAAGACCCACUCACUGCAGCCGGCCUGGAUUCACUUUCGGCCGUGGAGUUCCGCCGAAAGCUCUCGACCGACAGUGGCAUCCCGCUACCGCAAACUCUGGCGUUUGACUAUCCAACUGCCCAGCAAGUUUCAGCCUUUUUGGAAUGUCAAGGCUCUUCACCACAAACUGGCCCCGUUGAUUUCCAGAAGAAGGUCUCUUUUUGUGCAGUGCAAGGCAAUUCAUGUCGCUUCCCGGGAGUGGAUGUUUCGACUGCUUCGGCUGCGGAAGCUUCACAAGCUUGGCAGAUCUUUUCCAAAGAGGUUGAUGCUGUCACAGAGGUCCCGCUACGACGCUUUGACAUCAACGAAUGCUUUGAUGCCAACAUGUCCGGCGCUGAGUUCGUGACAUAUGCUCGCCAUGCCAGUAUGCUGGAAGGGACUGAUCUCUUCGACCACCGGUUGUUUGGGAUUUCCAGCAACGAAGCGUCUGCAAUUGAUCCACAGCAGCGAAACACGUUGGAGGUUUCCUAUGCGGCCUGCCACGAUGCUGGGCGGCUUCGCAAGUCCUUGGCAAAAGCGGCGAUUGGCGUUUUCGUCGGGCAAUGCGCCAAUGACUGGGCAAAGACCUCCAGGGAGCGAAAGGCAGGCACUUUCAUGGGACCGGGCACGCACGCGAGCAUUGCAGCAAACCGUCUCUCUUUCUGCCUUGGGCUGGAGGGGGUGAGCGUCGCAGUUGACACAGCUUGUUCGUCUACGCUGGUAGCUUUGGAUCUUGCAAUUCUGCGACUGCGUGCCGGGCUAGAAGCCGUCAUUUGCAGCGGCAGUCAGCUGAAUUUGAUUGUGGAGCCGUUCGUCGCGUUUAGCAAUGGAAGGCUCCUGUCCGCAAGUGGGCGGUGCAGAACCUUUGACAUUUCUGCAGAUGGUUUCGCACGAGGGGAGGGCUUUGGCUCUCUGUUCAUCGAAGAGAGAGAAGAGGAUCUCCAUGGUCAGGGCCGCGGCGGCCACGGCACGCUGCUGGGUUCCAUGGCCAACCAGGAUGGAAGAAGCUCGUCUCUCACCGCGCCGAACGGACCGGCUCAGCAGCGGGUCAUCAACGCUGCUCUUGGGCUGUCAGGCCUGCAAGCCGCUGAGGUCUCAGCAGUUGAGUGCCAUGGCACCGGAACUGCCCUUGGAGAUCCCAUUGAGGUUGGUGGGUUGCGUGGAACGCUUGGUGAUGGCCGCUUAAACACGCUCUUCUUGAUGGCUGGAAAAACCAAUGUUGGCCACCUUGAGGGUGCUGCGGGAGCACUGGGUUUGCAAAAGUGUCUGGCAAUCGUGGCGCAGCUGGAGGUUCCGCCAAAUCUGCACCUCAGCUCACUCAACCCACACGUUGAGCUUCAGGACUUCAAUGCAAAGCCUUCAACCGCUCUGGAAAAGCUUUCUGGAAUGGUGAGUGCCAAUGCUGGCUUGUCGUCUUUUGGGUUCGGUGGUACAAACGCCCAUGCUCUGCUGCAGAGCUCCAGGCCGCAUGUGCGAGAGCCUCCAGAGACCCUUCCGGCUCUCAGCUUUCGACGAAUACCUUUUCCUUGGGCCACGCCGGUUCCACGACUGCUGUCUCUCAAAAGGCGCGAAGGUUCAACAGUUAUUUUCGAGGUUCAGGUUGAUGCAGAACUCGUCGGUCUUUGCAGCCACGUGGUCUACGGUCAAACCUGUAUAUCAUCUGCGCUGCUUAUCGCCUUUGCCAUGGACGCCUGCCGGCACCAUGCAAAGCAGGCUGUCCAACUGAAGAACGUCCAAAUGGUUGCACCUUUGUUCCUCCCCUGUGAGUACGACUGUCAGACCUGGCUGAGAUUGGCACUGGUGGAGCAGCAGUUCCAAGUUCUGAGCAAGCCACGGCUCAGCAGUGAUGCCUGGAUGGUCCAUUGCAGCGGCCGCUAUGCAACACAGGCCUCCCCUUUGCAGUUGGCUGCAAGCUUGGGCGGGACCUUAAGCAUUCUUGGCUCUGCGGCAGCACGCCAAAGGCAGCCGGCAGCACGCGGUUCUGAGACUUUCGAGGCCUUGUGCAGAAAUGCUGAACCGGUGGCAGAUGCUGCGCUGGAGGAGCUCAAAGCCAAGAUGGCAGAAGGGAUUCCUUCACCCCUCGGCACGUCGAUGGAGCUGCUGAGCGAUGUGCACGUCAAGAAGGGCGAACUGUGCGCUCGCCUGCGCUUGCCUCUCGACUUUGCAAACUUCGCUGUUCAUCCAGCUUUGCUGCAAGCCAUCCACUGCGCAGUCCUCGGCCUGGGCUUCUUCGAAGAGAUGUCGGAAAGCAUAUCGCAGGACCUUGCCUCUGUCGUCUCGUGCUCUGUGUCGAACGUGGACAUUCCGCAGGGGACAGAGCACUUCGUUCUUCAUGUGCGUCGCAGAGGAAGUAUGAUUUCAAGUCGCAGUCUCCCGGCAGCAGCCACGGUGGCUUUGGAUGGUGGGCCAACCCUGCUUGACAUGCAGGACAUUCACUUCCGGCCCCUCUCCCAGAAGCAAGUGGUCGCAGCCGCAUCCAUGCGGCAGACACGGCUUGAUAUGCCCAGCACUUUCGAGAUGAACUGGGUGAGUGGAUCAUCGCAAGGGAGGACCUUAGCUGAUGAAGGGGGCAUCUGGCUGAUGCUUUCCCCAGCUGAUCCACAGCUCGCCCGAGGACUUCAAGAAGCUUGCCAAAGCUUAGAGGCACAGUCGAUUUGGCUGAUUGCCCGCUUGGGACAUCGGCUCGAUGAGCUUGUGCGCUCCGUGAAAGCAGCCUUCGCCUUCGGCGCCGAAUGCCGUGUUCGCGUGCUGCUCCUCACUGCUGAGAGCUACCGAGUUCUAGACCUGCAGUCCGAAGACUUUGAGUUUGCUGCUUCGGAGCUGGAUUGGGUUCGACAGAUACAAGCCGCAACUGGGCCCGAGGUUUCGUCGCUGCCGGAUGCAGUGCACAGCUUGACCUCCAAGCGGGGCUCAUGUCCUGUAGUUCUGCUAGACGAGAACGCCAAGGAAGAUUGGAGCUGGGCAGCACCUUUGGCCAAUCCAAUUGUCUGCCUGGGAGUGCAUGAGGAUUUCGAUCAAGAAAUGAUGGCGAUCCGGGUCGCAGCCCCGACACAUGCCGCGCAACUGGGGCCUGUAGCCUUGCAUUCUUCGGCAUGUCUGCACAUUUUAUCCUCUGUUCGUUUGGGAGCUGCUGGUGCUCCUUUGUCACCGGUGCGGCCAACGGUUGUGCAGAAGGACAGUGCCCCAAGAGCUGUCUCAGCAAGAAGUUUCAGGCGAGCUUUGCCGCGCAGACAGUCAGUUCGUUUCUUUCUACGUUUGGAUGAUUCGCCGAUCUCGGAAACGACGAGAGCACAGGUACAUCAGGCAAUUGUUGGCGCCUGCCUGGUGUCCAAGAGUGUCUACGAUGACCGAGACACGCGCUUGUGCUUAGUUUGGCCAUCGAAGUCGGGUUUGCGGUGUGUGAUGGUGGACAGAAGUCUCAUGGACCUCGCGAAGGGACGCUUGGUUCCAGCUGAGGGUCCAGUGAUUGCCGCUCUGAAGCUGAAAGUGGAAACCGACGAGAAGUCCGUGCAUGAGUGUUUGCAUGAUCUGCAAGCUGAAACUCGGCGCUUGUCCUUGGGCCAACCUGCCGCUGUGCGAGUAUCUGUGGGCGAGCCAAAUAGCUGGCCAAAAUGGCAAAUCCAAGCCAGCUGGCCAAGUGAUCCAAUGAUAAUGAUGUUUCUCCGUUGGCAAGGCGAUCUACCGAUUCCAGAAACUGCAUCCAUUCAUGUCCCUGCUGGAACCCCUGCCAAAGCGAUCAUCACGCUGCAGCAUUGGCACAACCUAGGAGUCCUGCCAGCAACAUUGACGCCACGGCCGCGGAUGGAGGGCGAGAAAGGAGACACGGAAGUGCUUAAAAUCAUCGAGGGAUGCGAGGAGCUGCGGCCAGAACAUGGCAUCGAUGUGUGCCUGGACACGACGAUUCCUUUUCGCGGCAGAGUGGCUGGCCGGGUCCGAAUGGGCCACGUGCUGUUUGCUGACUGUGGAGUUAAGGUCAUGUGUAAGGAACAGCGGCUUGGUGCCUCCUUCCACGUGGUCGUGGGAGAGCUUCACGUGGGGGAUACUCUGCACUGCAGAGGCUAUCCAGGAUACGAGUACAAGGGUGAUCCUGCGAUUUUCGCAACGGAGAUUCUCGCGAUUGAGCCGGCGUGUACGGAAGGUCUAAAACCGUCGGACUCCGUCCUGUUCCGCGAUGAAUCAAUCCUCGUUGUGGAAAAGCCUGCUGGAAAGCUUGCCUGGGAAGACAACAGACACCGCCACGAACGUGGAACUGCCUUGAGAGUUGAAGCGGAACAUCUGCUUUGUGCUCCGGAAGCUGAAGUCAGCGGUCCAGCCGUGUACACCAUGACUCGGCAAGAGUCACCGUCCCAUUGCCUUUUGGAGUACUUCAUUCUGGUCGCUGGGAGACCUGCGGGAGUGUCCUCGUGUCGGGCUGCAUUACGACCAGCACGUGGAAAGCCAAAACAAGAUGCUGAAACGCAGCUGGAUACUUUGUGGGAAGGUGAAGACUGCUCCCUGCUUCGAGCUUCCGUUCGAGGACCCGAAGCGAAGUCGCAAGUUUGCAGGCACUUGCAUCUUCUGGGCUUCCCGGUCUGGGGUGACCGUCGCUUCGGGAACCAGCGAGCAAAUCUGCGCUCACGUGCCGUUUUCGGCCUAGCAAGGCCAUGGUGUCACUUGGGGCGCUUGGAGCUUUUCGGGAGCUGGGGCGGCCUCCGGCUCGAGCAUGCGCCACCACCGGAUCUUCUAAGAGUGCUGCGUGCUGUUGGUGGUGACUGGCAGUUCUCGUCGACGGUGCAGAGACUCCCUCCAGUGAUGGUGCUGUCUCACCUUGAGAACGGUCUUGGCGUAGCCUACUAUGUGGCAACUCGGAGCACUGCGGAAAAAGCUGGAAAAACAAGAGGCAGGCGCCACCCAUUCGCAGCAGGAAUCGAGUGCUCUUCCGAGCUGCCACGCGAGGACCUCUCUCGCUUUGCCAAGAUCUUCGUUGUCGCUUCGGGAGAUGGAAGCUCUCGUGCAGUGGAGGUCCUGCAAGCUGCUGUUGAAGCUUUGAAAGCAAUCUCACAGAUGGUGCAGGAUGCGCAGUCUCCGCAGAUCUGGUUCGUGAUGGCAGGAACCCAGGCUUCACAAGCUGAGGACUUGGCCAAGCGGGGUGUGCCCUUCCACGCAGGUUUGUGGGGACUCGCUCGCUGUGCCAGGCGCGAGCGAGUGAUGGUCGGCUGCAUCGAUGUCGAUUCCACUUGCCCCCGGGCCAUAUUCAGCCGACUUCGAGCUGCAAGAAGCCAGCAGGAGGAUGAUGACGACUGCGGGCCUGAGAUGGAGAUGUUGGUGCGAAAGCUGACUCUGGAUGCAGAGGAGGAGUCUGACAGCGAUGAACAGGAUUUGGAGCGCUACGUGGUGGAUGCAGUGGCCUUGGUCUUGUCUCAGCAGCUUGGUUGGCGACACAGGCCACAAGAAGCAGUUGAUGACGGAUGCCCCGUGGGGACAGGAUACCCCUGA